AUGAAGCCAGGAGAGACAGCCGACCACAGACAAAAGGAAGCCAGGAGAGACAGCCGACCACAGACAAAAGGAAGCCAGGAGAGACAGUCGACCACAGACAAAAGGAAGCCAGGAGAGACAGCCGACCACAGACAAAAGGAAGCCAGGAGAGACAGCCGUCCACAGACAAAAGGAAGCCAGGAGAGACAGCCGACCACAGACAAAAGGAAGCCAGGAGAGACAGCCGACCACAGACAAAAGGAAGCCAGGAGAGACAGCCGUCCACAGACAAAAGGAAGCCAGGAGAGACAGCCGACCACAGACAAAAGGAAGCCAGGAGAGACAGCCGACCACAGACAAAAGGAAGCCAGGAGAGACAGCCGAAAAGAGACAAAAGGAAGCCAGGGGAGACAGUCGACCACAGACAAAAGGAAGCCAGGAGAGACAGCCGACCACAGACAAAAUGAAGCCAGGAGAGACAGCCGACCACAGACAAAAGGAAGCCAGGAGAGACAGCCGUCCACAGACAAAAGGAAGCCAGGAGAGACAGCCGACCACAGACAAAAGGAAGCCAGGAGAGACAGCCGUCCACAAACAAAAGGAAGCCAGAGAGACAGCCGACCACAGACAAAAGGAAGCCAGGAGAGACAGCCGACCACAGACAAAAUGAAGCCAGGAGAGACAGCCGACCACAGACAAAAGGAAGCCAGGAGAGACAGCCGUCCACAGACAAAAGGAAGCCAGGAGAGACAGCCGACCACAGACAAAAGGAAGCCAGGAGAGACAGCCGUCCACAAACAAAAGGAAGCCAGAGAGACAGCCGACCACAGACAAAAGGAAGCCAGGAGAGACAGCCGACCACAGACAAAAGGAAGCCAGGAGAGACAGCCGACCACAGACAAAAGGAAGCCAGGAGAGACAGCCGUCCACAGACAAAAUGAAUCCAGGAGAGACAGCCGUCCACAGACAAAAGGAAGCCAGGAGAGACAGCCGUCCACAGACAAAAUGAAUCCAGGAGAGACAGCCGUCCACAGACAAAAGGAAGCCAGGAGAGACAGCCGUCCACAGACAAAAGGAAGCCAGAAAAGACAGCCGACCACAGACAAAAUGAAGCCAGGAGAGACAGCUGAACAGAGACAAAUGAGGGAAGGGAGACAAUUGAGGAAAUCAGGGGCAAGGCAGUUGGAUGAGGUGUUAUUUUUGCUCGUGGCGGCCAUGUCAUGCGAUCCUCGUGCCGCGGCGCAGGUGUGUCCUCGCCCAGAAUUACAUGAAGUACAGAUUGCACUUCCACUCCACAAAUACGCAAUGGUCAUCCUAAAACACAUAAAUGGAUUACUCCAGAAAGGAAACGUAACACUACACGCAGUAUCACUUGUUUCUGGUUACAUUUCCGUGAUCGAAGAUUUAGAGCAAUCGUUCAACAGAAGUUUCGAAACAUCCUAUUUGCGAAAUGUUUUGAUUGAUUCUCGAAAUAAGUCCCAGGAUUCGAGCCGUGCUUUGAUAUAA